UCGCCCACUUGCAUAAAACCCUCGCGUUCUUUGCCCAUCCCAACACACACACACACACACAGAAACCUCUUAGUAGUUAUCAUGUUCAAGACUAUCGCAACUCUCCUUGUCCUGGCUACUGCCGCCGUGCAGAGCAUACAUGGACACGUUACAUGUGUGCCUCCUGUUGGAGUGCCCGGAAAGAAUGUGCAGACGGCUCUCCGUGUUCCACAUGGAUGCAAUCACACCGCAACCAUCAGCGUUACCGUAAAGGUCCCUCAGAACGUAACGAGCUUCAAGCCCCAAUUGGUCCCCAACUGGCAACUGGCUAUCACACAGCGCCCUCUUCCUCAACCCGUCGUCAGCGAGGGUGGCACAGUCAAUACGACCACCGACACGGUCACGUGGCAUGGCGGCUUCCUUCCCGACACCGCCUACAUGGACUUUGGUUUCCAGGCUCUCCUUCCUGACGGACCUGAUGGAUCUGUCGUCUACUUUGAAACCUCUCAGUUGUGCGAGAACGGUCAGACCACUAACUGGAAUGGUACUGCUACUCCCAAGAUCACCUUGAUGAAGAAUGGAACAUUGUUGUCGUCGUCAGUCUUUGGUGGCAGCAACUCUUCGAUGGGACCUGCCCAAGCGACCAAGAGCUCUGCUUCAGCUUUGGCUGUGAGUGCUGGGACAUUGGUGUUGGUCGUUGGGUCCAUGGUUGGUUUGAUGUAAAUUAUGUAAAAUAGGACAAUCUUACACAAAAGAUCUGGGAUGGGGGAGAAAAUCAUGCGGGGCUGGUCUCUCAUGCUAUAAAAAUGUGAAUAAUAUAAGUGGCAUCAAGUUU